AUGACGAGCCGUCUUAAGGAGUAUCGCUAUUAUCUUAGUAGCGGCGUAAGUACGGGGAUCUCCGUCAAGGUUUCACUAAUAGAGCUGGCACCUGCACUUGGAUGCUCUGUCAGUGGUGAUGCACCUAAACGUGCAGUAUCCGAGGCGCAUUUUGCUGGGCUAGAACAACUUGCAGGUUCAUCAUCCGAGGUGCGGAAUUCACCCGUAAGUGAGAUCUUUUUAACUGCUCAGGUCUUUUCUGAUGGUCUUCCAUUGCAUUCGAUGGUAGUCAGCUCCAAGGGACCGACCAAGUGCAGCAAUUCUACCAUUUACUGGAAUGAAUGGAUCUCUUUUCCUGUGCGAUAUCGCGAUCUAUCAUGCAAUUCGCUCCUGGCUAUCACUAUUUGGGGUGUCGGCUGGGUUCCGAUCGGUGGCUCAACCAUCUCUUUCUUUACCAAACAGGGCGUACUGCGCGACGGUGUGCAAUGUCUCCGCAUUUGGGAAGGGCGUGAGGCAGAUUCGUCUCCAAACACUGCAACCCCAUCUGAGAUUGACGAAGAGUGGGUGAGACAAGAGUGUUUUCGACUGGACAAGCUGCGAGAGAAGUAUGAGCGCAAAGAAAUUGCGCGCAAUGAGUGGAUGGACAGCGUCACCGAUCGACGCAUCGCUCGGAUUCGACGAGGCAGUGAACCACCGACAAGAAAGGACGCACUUGGACCUUUUUGUUCAUAUCGCAAAGACGCCCUUUUGUGGCUUGAGAUGCCCUACUUUGGAGAUGUCGUUGUAUAUGAAGAGGAGCCCUACUCACAGCGCAAUCUGACGUCUUCAUAUACUGCAGAAAUGGGACCCAAACGGAUGAGCUAUGAGAACGGAAAUGUUUCGUCGGCUACUGCGUCGUAUGAUUCUCACACCCUCAGUGGGUCGUACGAUCUAGCAAAUGUGGCGUCAGCUGGAUCGAGAGAGCUGCCGAGUCUUGUGACCGUGUGGGAUCCUGAUUUGAAUGAAGAUAACCCGGCCGAACGCAAGUACCGUCGGCUCGCUCGCGACAUUCUACGCGGAUCGAUUGAUCCCAAUCUCAAGCCCAGUCGUGACGAGAAGGCACGGAUUGAGCUUUUGCUGGCAACGCCGACCGACAAUCUGAAGAAUGAAGACAAGGAUUUGCUUUGGAAAUUUCGCUACACUUUGACAGACAAUAAAAAGGCGGUAGUGAAGUUUUUGCUGUCAGUUGAUUGGAAAGACGAGUUGGAGGUGAAGCAAGCGACAGAUCUACUCUCUCAAUGGUGUGAGAUUGAUAUUGCCGACGCUCUCAAGCUGUUGGGUCGUGAGAAGGAGUUCAAGCAUGAGAUUGUGCGCCAUUUUGCGGUGUCUACUUUAGCGACAGCCAAGAACGAAGACUUGCUUGACUUUCUGCUACAGCUCGUCCAAGCGUUACGGUACGAGAAACCUGGCGCUGGCAUUACAUCUUCGCGUGGAGCAAUGAGUGGCGAUGAAACUGGCAGCACGGAUGGAUCGAUGGCUUGUGAAAGCCUUGGUCCACUUGCUCGAUUCCUUAUUGCACGCUCAAGCACAAACUUUCAAAUGGCCAACUAUUUCUAUUGGUACCUAAAAGUGGAAGCAGGUGAGCAAACAAACGACUCGGAGAUCUUUCACACUGUUUUAAACCAGAUGCUGACCGAAAUGAAGCGAGACGAGGAGAAGAAACCGAUUUACGACAUGCUAAUGGCUCAGCGUGAUUUUAUGAGUCACAUAUUGGCAAUUCACAACAAGGCUCGCGAAGAGAAGGGCAGAAAGGAUCAAAAGGAAGAGAAGCUGCGGCAGUAUUUGAAGCAGCUUCCGUGGCCUAAAGGGACUAUUAUCUCUCUACCUUUGGAUCCAGUAGUUCAUUUAAGUGGAGUCGUUGCUUCCUCGGCGAAGAUGUUCAAAAGUGCAAUGUACCCGGCCGUGAUUCAAUUCCAGACUUUGAUUCCGCCGACUGAUCAACCGUAUCACCUAAUCAGUGGAGAAGGCGAAGGCCAUCAUCCACCAAACAUAAGUCAGUCGAUGUUUGGUGGAAGUGAUAUGAGCAUUGCGCGUGAAUCGUUACCGACCCGCAUGAUCAGUCUCCUGCACCGUGAAAAGGAAGGACCGAUGUAUAAGUUCAUGGUAAAGAACGGCGACGAUCUUCGUCAAGAUCAGCUGAUCAUGCAAAUGUUUAUUCUGAUGGAUCGGUUGCUGAAAAAAGUGAAUUUAGAUUUGAAGUUGACACCGUACCGUAUUUUAGCAACAGGUGCGAAUGAUGGUCUGAUGGAGUUUGUUCAGAAUUCGUAUCCCGUUUCGUAUGUGGUCUCUCACUUUGAAUCGCCACAGAUCGUGACCUUUUUACGGAAGCAUAAUCCGGAUCCGAGUGCAGAGUUUGGAAUUGCACCGGAAUCGCUCAGCACUUACGUGAAAUCAGUAGCCGGCUAUUGUGUUUUGACGUAUUUGCUUGGGAUUGGUGACCGUCACUUGGAUAAUCUGAUGAUGAAGGCAGAAGGCCACAUGUUCCACAUUGAUUUUGGCUUUGUCUUUGGAGCUGAUCCAAAGCCCUAUCCACCUCCGUUUAAGCUGACAAAAGAGAUGGUUGAAGGCAUGGGCGGCCCCACGAGCGAGCAUUACCAGAAAUUUACGACCUUGAUGGCUGACUCUGGUAUCGAAGAGUUAUCAGCGAACCCUGCUACAACUUUAUUGAAGGUUGAGGAAAAGUUUCGUUUGGAUUUAACGGACGAGCAGGCAGAGCAGUUUUUCUUGGGUCUCAUCAAUGACAGUGUGUCUGCUUUGUUCCCGCUGCUUGUGGACUGGAUCCACAAGGUUGCAACGAAGUUGAAGUAG